AUGUGCAGUAUAAAUUUAAGCUCAUUCUUACCAUAUUCACCUGCUCGCAUAGCCACACUCUCUUUUCUCCCAAUUAGUUUCCAUCCCACAAUACCAUAUCCAAAGCAAGAAAGAUAUCGAGUCUCAUCUGAUCGAAAACCAAGUUCCCAGUCCAAAAAAAUGGGGAGAGGGAAAGUAGUACUGAAGAGAAUAGAGAAGGCAUCGAGCAGGCAAGUGACAUUCUCCAAGAGGCGGAACGGGCUUCUCAAGAAGGCUUUCGAGCUCUCCAUCCUCUGCGACGCCGAGAUUGCGCUCCUCGUCUUUUCUUCUUCUGGAAAAUGUUACCAGUUCGCCAGCCACGACAUGGAUAGGACUAUUGUCAAGUACCGAGACGAAUUAGGACUCCCGCAAUCUUCACACAACCGGGGAGGCCAAAGCAAUGAGUUCUGGAGGGCUGAAAUUCACGAGUUGACAAGAGGGAUUGAAACUAUGGAAGCACAAAUCAAGCACCUGUCCGGAGAAGAUCUUUCAACGUUGGGCAUGAAAGAGCUGAGACAACUCGAGCGACAGCUGAAGACCAGUGUCGAACGCGUUUACUCCAAGAAGAGGCGCAUCGUUUCAGAGCAUGUAAACCAGCUGAAAAGGAACCUCAGGGUCCUGCAAGAGGAAAACACUAGUCUCCUGAAAACAGUCAAGUACCACGAGAUGCGCGAGGUCAAUAUUAGGCCUGGAGUUUUCGUAGAUAUUUCUUGUAACUCCUACCAAAGGAUGGAUCCUCCUACAAUGCAAAUGGCAGACCCUGAAGUAUUGGUGAGGUGGGUGGAUGUUAAAGCAGGCGGUGGCUUUUCCUGAUGACAUAGGGUUGAGAAGGUGUAUCAAAGCUAGGACUGCUUUUCGUUCAUAUGCUAUGUAUGUGCGUGAGAAAUGUAACAUGAGCUCAGCAGAAUUCCAGAAAUGGAAGCAAUACCUGUAUUUGUGCAUAAGAUUAAUAGCUUGGGGAUGAAUUGUGAGAUAUGAACUUCGUGUCUCCUGAGUUAUGGAUGAUCCUAAUAUUUGAACUUUCUCUCGGUGA